CCCUCUGACAGGAAGUCGUCAUCUGUGUCACUUGACUGUAAUGCGGAAGAGAUCGUCAUCGUAAGAGCUACCGUUUAAAGCAAGAAAAUGUCGUGGAUACGGGAGGGCGAAUUAAACCUGAUUGAAAAGAUUUCAGCCAAUGUCCUAAAGGCAGGUCCCAUGCCUAAACAUGUGGCCUUCAUCAUGGAUGGUAACCGUCGCUUUGCACUUAAGAACAACAUUGAGCGCCAGGAAGGGCAUAUGCAGGGCUUCAACAAGCUGGCAGAGACACUACGUUGGUGUAAACAUCUGAACAUCCAGGAGGUUACAGUGUAUGCCUUCAGCAUCGAGAACUUCAAGCGCACUAAAGAUGAGGUGGAUGGGCUGAUGGAACUGGCCAGGCAGAAAUUUGAGCGGCUGUUGGAUGAACGUAAAGUUGUAGAGAAAUAUGUCAAUAUAUUUGUUUUGGGAGAAUUCAAUAUGCUGCCACUUGAUCUUCAGCAGCUGAUUGCUAAAGCUGUGAUCACAACCAGGACUCACAAUAAAUGUUUCCUGAAUGUGUGUUUUGCCUACACGUCAAGAUAUGAAAUCACCAAUGCGGUCAGAGAAAUGGCUUGGGGGGUGGAGCAGGGCCUGAUCAAAGCAAGUGAUGUUUCAGAGGCAUUGCUAAGUGAGUGUCUGUACAGCAAUAAUUCUCCCAAUCCUGAUCUGCUCAUCCGCACCUCUGGUGAGGUGCGCCUCAGCGACUUCCUUCUUUGGCAGACUUCUCACUCUUGUCUAGUGUUCCAGUCAGUUCUGUGGCCAGAGUACUCGUUCUGGAACCUGUGUGAAGCCAUUCUCCAGUAUCAGUUAAAUCAUAAAUCUAUCCAGAAAGCCAGAGACCUCCAUCAAGAGCAUGAGGCCUUACAGCAGCUAGAGGCGGAUCACGCUUGUGUAGCAGAACACCUGCAACAUCAUGGGAAUGGAAAGCCUGCUGAUGCCCAGAGAAGACAAGAGGCACUGCUGCAUUACACCGCCUGUCGGGAAGAACGAGUACACGAUUUCUUAGAAGCACUGAAGCACAAAAGAGACAGUUUCAUCAAUGACUUAUGCAGUGAAGAUGUUUUGGCCUAGGAGGGCUCUGAAGAAUAAACCCCAUAUUGAAGUGGGGAUGAAGCCUCUCCUGUACUCUUCCAAAAAGGGAAGAGCAACAGUAAUUGGUUUCAUGCUUUUACUGAUUUGUACAAGAUGAGAUGGCAAUUUUGCCCCUAUGGGGCUAUAGAAUAAUUGUGAUAUUUAUGAUUGUAGAGUUAAAAAACGGUCAAAUAAUGGAAAUGUCUGGUCAAGAUGUAGUUAAAUAAUUGUGUAAAUUGUCUGUCAAAUGCAUGCCACUAAUUGGGAGAUCAGAUUUGAUGAGUGAAACCCAGGGAUCUCAAGUUUUGGACAUGUUUCCAAAAUAGUUGCUUGGUUUAAGAGAAAUUGGUACAGUUCUACAUUUUUUUGAGGCUUAAAGAAAGUGUUGUUUGUUGAGUGUGAUGUUGAUAAAGUAACUAGAUUUUGACCAGCCUUCUUAAACAGAAUAAAGUGAUCACUGUAAGUCAGAUAAUAUUGGAUGAUGUACAGUAUGAAUCACUCCUUUGUACU